GAGGAAGAGUCUUGGAUUCUUCGUUUGUCCGUGGGCGGUCCCAACCUCCCAACUCUCCCCCUGAACUUUCUUGAAUUUACGGUUUAUGCCAAAAUCACCGCCCAAAACCGAAACAAUUUACAAAUGUUUGUUACAACUUACAAGAGAGGACAGGAAAAGGUUGAGGCGCAAAAAUAAUAUUAUUAUUAAGGCAAGGGAAAGUAAAAAAGCAACCUCGUGCACAGACGUUUUCUUCCCUUCCUUCCUUCCUUCCUUUCAUGUCAUCUUCUCUCAACUCUGGCUGGCUCCCUUAACUGUUUCGCAGAAUAAUUCUGUCCGUUACCAGAUUCCAGGAAUUCUGAUUUAUUGCGGAGGUCUUUGAAGAUUAUUUCCGGUGACGAGACCAGCUUUUUCACAACUCACCUUCGGAUUCAUCUCUAGAUCUGAGGUUCGAUAUUGUUGGAAAGCCCGGAUUUGAAGUGAGAACGGAGAUGAGAUUUCUGUAAAGGUUUGUCCGCUUGGAAGGCUAAGCCUUUCUUGGAGUUAUGGAGGAGGUUGGUGCGCAAGUGGCUCCAAUUUUCAUCCAUCAACCGCUUUCUGGUCUAUUCUGUGAUGCAACACCCCUGCCCAAAAAGCGCGAUCUUUCUUAUCAGGCUCCCAAUUUUCAGCUCCAGCAGCAACACCGCUUUGUUCAAAACCCUAGAGACAACUGGAAUCCUAAGGCAUGGGAUUGGGACAGUGUCAGGUUUGUGGCCAAACCCUCGGAUGCCGACGCCAACAGCAAUAUUUUGCAAUUGGGAAUCACAUCCUCUGAGUUGAACAAGAAGAAGGUGGAAGCUUCCGGCAAUCGUUUGCCCUUGAAAAAUGCCAAGCUGGAUGAAGAUGAUGGACUUCGCUUGAAUCUUGCUGGGGGCUUGAGUUCCGUUGAGGAGCCUGUCUCCAGACCAAACAAAAGAGUUCGUUCCGGAUCUCCUGGCACAGCUACCUAUCCAAUGUGCCAGGUCGAUAACUGUAAGGAAGAUCUUUCAAAUGCAAAGGACUAUCACCGCCGCCAUAAAGUGUGCGAGGUUCAUAGCAAAUCCACUAAAGCUCUAGUUGGGAAGCAGAUGCAGAGGUUUUGUCAACAGUGUAGCAGGUUUCAUCCACUUUCUGAGUUUGACGAGGGAAAGAGAAGUUGCAGGCGUAGGCUUGCUGGGCACAAUCGGCGAAGGAGGAAAACCCAGCCUGAAGAUGUUGCCUCACGACUGCUUCUCCCUGCAAACCAUGACACAACCAGCACUGCAAAUUUAGAUAUUGUUAACUUGCUAACUGUUUUGGCUCGCACUCAAGGGAAGAAUGAGGAGAAAAGUAUCAAUAACAAUUCAUCCGUACCUGAUAGGGAACAACUCAUUCGAAUUCUUAGUAAAAUAAAUUCGUUACCUUUACCAGUGGAUCUGGCUGCAAAGCUAUCGAACAUUGCAAGUUUAAAUAGGAAAACUGCUGCGCAACUAUCACCAGAACAGCAAAAAAUAUUGCAUGGAACCGCAUCUUCACCAUCAACCAUGGACUUACUUGCGGUUCUUUCAGCAACUUUAGCAGCAUCUGCACCAGAUGCUCUUGCAAUUCUAUCUCAAAGAAGCAGCCAGAGCAGUGACAGUGAGAAAUCUAGGUUGACUUGCAUUGAUCAAGCUACAGGUCCCAAUAUGCAGAAGAGACCUGUUAUAGAUUUACCUGCUGUGGGUGGUGAGAGAAGUAGUAGCUGUUACCGGUCUCCCAUUGAAGAUUCAGGUUGCCAGCUAAAAGAAAAAUUCCCUAAUUUACCGUUACAGCUAUUUGGUUCCUCACCUGAGAAUAAUAGCCCUCCAAAAAUGGCAUCUUCUAUGAAGUAUUUCUCUUCUGACAGCAGUAAUCCAAGCGAAGGGCAAUCUCCGUCGUCAUCUCCUCCAGUUGUUCAGAAGUUGUUUCCAAUGCAGAGUACAACUGAGACUGUGAAGUCCGAAAAGAUGUCAGUCAGUAGAGAGGUCAAUGCCAAUGUUGAAGGUAGCAGAACCCAUGGAUGUAUUUUGCCUCUUGAACUCUUUAGAAGUUCAAAUUCAGGUGCUGAUCAAAGUUCAUUUCAAAAUUUUCCAUAUCAAGCUGGAUAUACAUCUUCCUCUGGGUCAGAUCAUUCACCUUCUAGUCAGAACUCUGAUGCUCAGGAUCGCACUGGACGAAUAAUCUUUAAACUAUUUGACAAAGAUCCCAGUCAUUUCCCAGGGAAACUACGAUCGCAGAUCUACAAUUGGCUUUCUAACAGUCCUUCUGAAAUGGAGAGCUACAUAAGGCCUGGUUGUGUGGUCCUGUCAGUUUAUUUGUCAAUGUCAUCUGUUGAAUGGGAACAAUUUGAAAGAAAUCUGCUCCGGAAAGUCAAUUCAUUGGUUCAAGAUUCAUGUUCUGAUUUUUGGAGAAGUGGAAGAUUCUUAUUACAUACAGGCAGGCAACUAGCAUCACAUAAAGAUGGAAUGGUUCGUUUAUGCAAAUCUUGGAGAACAUGGAGUUCCCCAGAGUUGCUGUCAGUGUCCCCAGUGGCAGUUGUUGGUGGGCAAGAAACCUCUCUAUUAUUAAGGGGAAGAAAUCUAACUAAUCCUGGCACCAAGAUUCAUUGUACUUAUAUGGGCGGAUACACAUCGAAGGAAAUCACAGGAUCAAUUUCUCCACGAGCCAUGCAUGAUGAGAUAAACAUGAAUGGUUUUAAAAUUCAUGGUGCAUCUCCAAGUGUUCUGGGUCGCUGUUUCAUUGAAGUGGAAAAUGGUUUCAAGGGCAACAGUUUUCCUUUAAUAAUAGCUGAUGCUACAAUCUGUAAAGAGCUUAGACUCCUUGAAUCUGAGUUUGAUGAAGGGACUGAAGAGACUGAUAUUAUUUCAGAAGAACAAGCUCAAUGUUUGGGUCGGCCUAGAUCAAGGGAGGAGGUUUGGCACUUCUUGAAUGAACUUGGAUGGCUGUUCCAAAGAAGAGCUUUUUCCAUGUUUGAGCUUCCAGAUUUUUCGCUUAGCAGGUUCAAGUUUUUGCUCAUUUUCUCAGUUGAAAGAGAUUAUUGUGUCUUGAUAAAAACUGUUUUAGACAUGCUGGUGGAAAGAAAUUUGGACAUGAAUGGGCUGUCCAAGGAGUCACUAGAUAUGCUAUCUGAGGUUCAGCUCGUGAACCGAGCUGUGAAGAGGAGGUGCAGGAAAAUGGUGGACUUACUUAUCCAUUAUUCCAUUAAUAACAAUGAUGUUUCCUCUAGAAGUUAUAUUUUCCCACCAAAUCUUCCAGGACCUGGUGGGAUCACAUCUCUACAUUUGGCUGCUUGUACAUCAGGCUCGGAUGAUUUAGUGGAUGCUUUGACAAAUGACCCACAGGAGAUUGGGUUGUCCUGUUGGAAUUCUCUUCUGGAUGCAAAUGAUCAGUCUCCGUAUGCUUAUGCUAUUAUGACAAAUAACCACUCUUAUAACACAUUGGUGGCUCGUAAACUUGCUGACAGAAGAAAUAGUCAAGUGUCUUUGACAAUUGGAACUGAGAUGGGACAACCAUACUUCCAGCAAGGGCGUAGAUCUUGUGCGAGAUGUGCGGCUGUGGCAGCAAAAUACAACAGGAGUAUUCGAGGUUCACAGGGCCUGCUUCAGCGUCCCUAUGUUCAUUCAAUGCUAGCCAUUGCGGCUGUCUGUGUUUGUGUCUGCCUGUUCUUGCGAGGUGCUCCAGACAUUGGCUUAGUUGCUCCUUUCAAAUGGGAGACUUUAGAUUAUGGCACCAUUUAGAGAUAAAUGUGAAACUUCUAUGGGUGAAAAGUAAGCAAGGGGUUGAAGAAAUGACAUACUCAGCAGACAAUAGCUCAUGUGCUCCUAUAUAUGCAGUUAUACUCUGGAAAGGAAAUUGAGAUUUAACGGGUGGAAGUGGGUUUCCUUGCUUGCCAAAGAGUGGAGGAAAUAGGUGCAAUGGCAUCAAAUGCUGCCUACUGUUGUUAGCAAACUGUCAUCUCCGAGGACCAUUUGCUGUAUGGGAACACUAUUUUUUUGAGUUGUUGAAACUUUCAGCCGCGGCGACCUGGAAUGGGAUAUAAUUAUUGGAUGCAAGACGAGCUGAGAGAUGCAGCAGAAAGCUGAAGGAUUUUUUAGGAUAGACCAUGCUUUGAAAGUGAAGCAUCAGGGAAAUGAAAGGUGAAAAGAAUGUUAAUUUAUGUUUCCGUUUCUUCCUUUUUUACCUUUUUUUUUUUCGGAUUUUUCUUUCCUACCUUUUUACAAUUAAAGAAGUUACUAAGUUUGAGGUAUUACUGACAAUGUAUUUGAUUUCUUACUGUAAAGUUGAUCAUUCACAGAACUGAAAUAUUGUAUUAUCAAAUAGUGAAAUAUUUAUUAAAUUAUAUUUGGAAUAACAGGCAUGCCCCAUCCAUUUUAAUA